AAAAUCGAAUAGAAUAAAUUCACAUUCCAAAACUUUCAGUUAUCUUACAAGAGACUUUCAUAGAACCAGACAAAAUUGAUUUUAUGAUUAAAAAUAAAUCUGUGUAUAAUAAUAAUACAUAAAAAAGUGCUUAAUUAUAAGUUUUCGUUUGAAUUCCAAGAAUGUCUUCCAUUCAAGAUUCAGAUCAGAACUUUGUAGAAACGAUUAAAUAUACCAUAAUUCCCAAUGGAGAUUCCGACGAAAGCACCGAUUCAGAUAGUUAUUAUCUGAGUUCGAGUGAAGAUAGUGAAUCAUCCGUAGAAUCUUUUUACGAAGAACAUCCAAGCGAUUAUACUGCGAAUAAUUCUUCAAAUAUGGGAAAACAUUCUGUAGAAUCCACUUUAAUUGUAGUUGAAAACGGAAAUGAUAAGGAAGCGAUACGUGAAUCUCUAUCAGAAAAUGAAGGAAAUUUAUGUAAUGAUAUUGAAAUAGAUUUAUCGGAUAAAAAAGUAGAAAAUAAAUGUAAGGAAAAGAAAAAUGAAGCGUUGCAAGAAGAUAAACAAAGACGGAUUAUCGUAUCAAAUGAUAAAGUGGUUGAUAAUAUUGUGAAAGUAAGCGAGAUGAAGCAAUGAACCAUUUAGCAAUGGCUGAAAUUUAAUGAUUUGAACUUAAUAAAUUUCUAAAAAAUCCAAAAUUCUGUAGUAUUGAAACUGAUUUUAAAUCCCCAAAAACUAAUUAAAUAUAAAAGUUUAUUUAUUUUUAAUUAAAUUCUAUU